CGCACCAGUUCGCUGUAUGUCUGAUGUUUUCUUCAUUUAUUGUGGACUGUCAGUAUGCUGCUUGUGUCUCCCUGCCUUAAGUCUUCCCACUGUGGUCCCAUCCUCCACUCCACAGUCAAAGUGCUUUUCCCAAAGCAGCAGCGCGAUCUUGUCACUGGCCCAGCCGAUAAACUCUCUACUGCCUCCAGGAUCAGCCUCUAGAGACCUAAGGAAUUAACUGACUUGCAGAGGGACCCUCCUGCCCAGUGCUCAGCAGGACCUGUGGGUGAUGAUUUAUUCCACUGGCAGGCCACCAUCAUGGGCCCGAACGAUAGCCCUUACCAAGGUGGUGUUUUCUUCCUGACUAUUCACUUCCCCACAGAUUACCCUUUCAAACCGCCAAAGGUUGCUUUUACAACUAAAAUUUAUCACCCAAACAUCAACAGCAAUGGCAGUAUCUGUCUUGACAUCCUGAGAUCUCAGUGGUCUCCAGCAUUGACAGUAUCAAAAGUGCUGUUAUCCAUCUGUUCCCUGCUCUGUGACCCCAACCCUGACGACCCUCUGGUUCCUGAGAUAGCCCACACCUACAAAGCAGACCGAGACAAGUACAACAGAUUGGCCAGAGAAUGGACCCAGAAAUAUGCCAUGUAAAUGCCAUGAAGAUCUGACUCGUAUUUACAAGUUAAGAAGUGAACCUCUCAGAUCAGUCUCUUAGCUAAACUCUGGGUUGUCCGCUGUUUACUUGAUGUCAUGAGCCAUUCACAAGGAGUCUCCUACUCUGUGAACAGACCUUGGUUUCCCUUUCACUUCUGUCUCAACGUGGUGGUACCACCUGCAGCCAUUUGGCUUUUGACAACUUCAUGCCUUUGAUGCCAAAAUCAGUAGCCACUUCCAUUUACUGAUUUUUAACCUGGUUCAAACUGGAAUCCACCUUCCACUCAGACUCCCUCAUUCUUCUCUUGGAAUGGCAGAAAUGCACGCAUUCCUUCCUUCAGUCUUUCCUCAGGGUGGCAUAUGCUGUGCCCUUCAGGCUGCACAACAGGAGCUGAGUGGCCUCCUGAUGAACUGUCCUAAUAGAACCAAGUACUAGUUUGAUGUGCCCAAGAGAGCCAGGCAAGAUUUCCCCUAGUUUUCAGUUUACUGAAGAACUCUAUCCAAAGAGGAAUUCUGAUCCCCAGGGACAUUGCAUGGAAUUGGGAACAGUUUUGCAGUGAAAUGAAUUAGUGGCUGGAUUUCCCACUGCCUCCAAGUAAAGGAGGAGAUUGGGAUUGGCCAGUCUUCACAUGCAGUAGUAAUCAGUCUCCCUUUUUUAAACUGAGAAGUGAGCAGGAGAUCCGAAGCAGCUGGUGAUAAUGGCUAAGCACUUCAUCUCCUCUCUCACUAACAGAAUUACUACUCCUUGUAGUUUCACAAGGGAAAAAAAAAUCAUGAGAUUUGGAAAGAUUUAGGAUUGUGGGAUUUGAAGGUCAUGGAAAAGGCUGAGGCCCUGCAAAAAAAAAAGAGAGAGAGAGAGAAAAUGUCAGAGGACAGAGAGUGUUUCAUUUGUCAGAUUAAAAAAAGUUAAAGGUCUGGCACUUUGGUAAAGAGACUUCUUUUGUAAAUAAACCUGUAAUUUUCCCUUUGAAAUAAUCUUUGCAUUACUCAAAGGGGUAGCUUCA